GGUGUGAUCUGUCCGCCUGGCCCACCUGUCACCCAGUUCUCGCUCGAUUUUGCUUUCUCCCAGAGACCCAGACGCCGCGGUGCCUUCUCGAGUAGCGCCGCCGUGCUUCUCCUCUCCUCCUUCUGCAGCCGAACCAUCCCUCCGCCUCUGUACUCCUCCUAGCCUCCCCAGCCGGAGACCUGCUCGCUUCACAGAGAGAAAUUGCCGCCAGCCGGAGACCGAAUCGCCGUCCCCGGAGAACGACUCACCGGAGCUGGAGACCCUCGUUGCUGGGCGUUGGGCCGCCGCCAUGGACCCACCUGGUCCAAAUGCUGCUGCGCUCGUGCCGCUCGAUUAGCCACCGCCAAGAUCUCUCCCGCCCCCGCGCCAACACCCCCACCCCCCUGCUGCUCCGGUUUCUCGGGCCCUGUUGCGCGCGGCUUCUCUGCCCCCGCUGCCAACCUACCAGGAGUUUCGACUUUCGAGAAAUGGCCAUCCGAACAGAGGACCGACGGAGUAUUAUUUUGGUGCUGUUCUUGCAACAUCUCCGUAUCUUGAGUUGCUGGUUUCGGGCUGGUGCGCUGCACAGCAGGCCAUUCCUCGAAUCAGAGCACGAGACAUUUGUACCCAGAUGUCUGACUUGUCAAUUGCUCAUUGGAUAUAAUAUGGAUGAAUAUGGCGUACUCGUUCCGUUCCUGAAUACACUCGAUCCCAUACAGUGAAGAUUGCUGUCUUAUGCCUGCAGUUUUUCCCUGCACAGGUGUUCCACGUAAAAUUUGAUGUCCCUAGUGUUAUUUGGAUAUUGAUUUCUAAAAUAUCCAUAAAACACUUCUUUUAGUUUUUCAGCAUAGCCUUCUACCUCGCAACACAUUCGUUGUAUUUACUGAAAAAUCAAGGCAUCCAGUAGCUUGAGAUGGGAUAAUAGAAGUUUGUAACAAAUCCUGUAAUCAAAUAUAUCGACUUAAUUGGAUUGGUGUGUAUAACGAAUCCCAGUGCCCCCUACAGAGUUACCCGCUUCAGACCAAUCUACUACGCCAUCAAUAUGCAUUGUUGUUUUCUUCUGAGGUCUGACAUGAACAUGUAUGAAGAGCUAAAUUGUUAUAUCCUGAUAGAUGAUAUGGUUUUCCUUCCACGAGUGCCCUUUCUGCACUAGCUUUUGCAAUUGCAUCCAGCACAAUCAUCAAAGAUAAAGUAAUCAAUGUCACACCUUCCAUGCAUUACCCUUUCCUUGUGAUGUCGAUCUGUUGCGCAUGCACCUGUUACUCCCCAGUGCAGCAGUACACAAGCAAAGCUACACCACAAGAUAUACAAGAUCUGCAGAUCGACCCCGACAAGCACCUUCUCUUGUGUGUAUAUAAAUCGUCCAUCCAUUUGUGAUUGCCACCAAAACAACUCGAUAGCCAUGCAAGAACUCUCUACAAAACACACGAUAGAAAUGGUCUCCUGUACCCCUCAAUAUAGCAAGAUUCAAAGGGUCUACCACCUUUUUGUUUUCUGUGUGCACCCAUUCUGGCUCCAGCUAAUGUACUUCGUCUCCACCUCCCUCUUGGGUUUCUUGAUCCUGAAAGCCCUGCCUAUGAAGACCAGCCUGGUGCCGAGGCCCAGGGACCUGGACCUCAUCUUCACCUCAGUUUCGGCGACGACGGUGUCCAGCAUGGUCGCCUUGGAGAUGGAGUCCUUCUCCAACUCCCAGCUCCUACUCUUAACCCUCCUUAUGCUUCUCGGCGGGGAGGUAUUCACGAGCAUACUUGGCCUCCACUUCACUUACACCAAGUCCAAAAAGGAGCAACCGUCCAGCCAAGAGCUCAUCAGCAGUACUACUCCCAUGGACGAUGAUACUCACAGCCAAACAGAGCAUGGGUUCAAGAACCUCCAGCGUUAUGACCAGUUCGGUGGCUCUCUCGCUAGGAUACUUUUGUUCAUAGUGCUGGGCUAUCACAUAAUGGUGCACCUGGCCGGGUACACGCUGAUACUGGUGUACCUGAGCGUUGCCUCCGGUGCGAGGGCCGUGCUCGUCGGCAAAGGGAUCAGCACGCACACCUUCUCCAUAUUCACUGUCAUCUCGACGUUCGCCAACUGCGGCUUCGUGCCAACGAACGAAGGGAUGAUCUCUUUCAGGUCCUUCCCGGGCCUCCUCCUCCUCGUCAUGCCGCAUGUCCUACUCGGCAACACGCUCUUUCCCGUCUUCCUCAGGCUCGCCAUCUGGGCUCUCCACAAGGUCACCAAGCGGUCUGAGCUUAGUGAGCUGCUGAGGAUCGAGAGGAGUAGCUAUGGAUAUGAAUAUGACCACUUGCUGCCGAGCAGGAACACAUGGUUCCUGGCACUCACCGUAGCCGCGUUUGUACUGCUGCAGCUGGUGCUCUUCUGCGCCAUGGAGUGGAGCUCGGACGGGCUGCGGGGGCUCACCGCCCCGCAGAAGCUUGUUGCGGCGCUCUUCAUGUCGGUCAACACCAGGCACGCGGGCGAGAUGGUCGUGGACCUCUCUGCCCUGUCGUCAGCUGUCGUGGUGCUCUACGUGGUCAUGAUGUACCUACCACCUUACACUAUGUUUCUACCGAUAGCUGAAGACAACCAUCCACAAACGGGAGAACACUCAUCCAGGUCCAGCCAGAAGAAGAGCAGCAUAUGGCACAAGCUGCUCAUGUCGCCGCUGUCAUGUCUUGCCGUCUUCGUGGUUGUCAUCUGCAUCACGGAGCGGCAGCGGAUCGCCGAUGAUCCCAUCAACUUCAACGUCCUCAACAUCGUCGUCGAGGUUAUCAGUGCGUAUGGCAACGUGGGUUUCAGCACUGGGUACAGCUGCGGGAGGCAAGUGAGGCCGGACGGCAGCUGCAGGGACGCCUGGGUUGGGUUCUCCGGCAAGUGGAGCUCGGAAGGGAAGCUCGUUCUCAUGGCUGUCAUGUUCUACGGCCGGCUCAAGAAGUUCAGCAUGCAGGGUGGUCAGGCAUGGAAGAUAGCCUGAAACAGCUCAUCGCAUCGCACGUACAUCUAUGCUAUGCACGCACGUCUGCAUCCCAAUGUUAUGCACCGGUUCAUGCAUAAUGAUCAAUGCAUAGAUUUAUUUGCACAACCGGCAAAUGAGGGCUCUGUGGAACAGUGGAAGGCCUAACAGGAUUGCUGCUGCUUGAGAUUGCCUCGUAGCCUUUCUUUUGUACUAUGUUUUCCGUGUGUAAUUGCAGACUUUGUCUGACACUUUUAGAACCCUGUUAAUAUUUCAGCUGUGUGCAUCAACCCCAA